GCCGGGUUUCUGUCGGUCUGGCUGGUUCUGUGAAUGCCGCGCUCCCUUCUUUUAUGCUGUCUUUGCGGGAUUGUGGCCUUGCAGUAUGGAGAGGCCUCUGGGGCGGAAAACUUGGGGCUGCAGAAAUAUUUGUACGGUUUUUUUCCCCCUAGAUCUGCUCAACUGUGAACGCUCUGAGGUUUAAGUGACGUCUCGGCGGAAGCAAUGCAGUUUGUUCUGAUGCUAGCAGGGUAGCGCGCAGGACACGGGAAGAGUCUGACUACAGCCGAAGACCAUGGCAGCACGCUGGAGAAGAAUCCUGGUAAUACUUGCGGCAGCUCACGUACUGUUUGCGGUAAAUACCUUUGGGGAAGAGGACGUACCUGAAGAAUGGAUUCUUCUUCACGUUGUUCAAGGCCAGAUCGGAGCAGGAAACUACAGCUAUUUGAGACUAAACCACGAGGGAAAGAUAGUACUUCAGAUGCGGAGUUUAAAAGGGGACGCGGACUUGUACGUAUCCGAUGUGACGCUUCACCCCAGCUUCGACGAGUACGAGCUACAGUCUGCGACUUGCGGCCAAGACGUUGUCCGCGUACCCGCGCACUUCCGCCGCCCGGUGGGAAUCGGGAUUUACGGUCAUCCCUCUCACCUGGAGAGCGAGUUUGAAAUGAAAGUGUACUACGAUCGAACAGUUGAACAGUAUCCGUUCGGCGAGGCUUCUUACAACCCCGAGGAGAUGGAGGCAAACCAGAAAUACUCACGGUCUGCAGAAGAUGAAUCUCAGGAUGAGGAAUCUGUUUUCUGGACUAUACUUAUUGGAAUCUUGAAAUUAAUACUUGAAAUUCUUUUUUAAAUUGAUACACACUGGACUAAAUCUCACUUCAGCCUGUGAAAUUGACCGUGAAUGACUUGCUGUAAUAUUUAAUACUCUUUGUAUGUUUCCUGAAGAGGUAUCCAGGUUACUUUUCCUAAACCAGAACGAAGUGGGGGGGGGAAAAAGCCAUAUUUAAUUUUAUAUUGUAAAUCCUCCCCAUACGUAAAACGGGCGGCAAGCGCAGUCUUGGCAGUGUUCUUCAGAGACCAGGGCUUAAAAACGAAUGUACAGUUGGGAUCUUGUUAAAUUCCCUUUAAACAGGUGCUUAGGAAAAUUAGCUCCAAUUCAGUAUUUUCUAAUGUUCUUUUAUAAAGAAAAGUAAAAUAACCACUGCUGCACUUCAGUGCCCCCGCUCAGUUUAGAGCAUAUUUAAGAAGCAAAGCCACUCCUUUCCUGAGCAAGUAUCUCCAGUAAAACCAACCAGCAACGGCUUCUGAGCGUAUUCAAGUUGGGGCGCCCAGGGUGAAGGAAGGAAAAACCCAUCCGUCACCGAAGGGGAGAGCUGACCUGUGUUUUGCCUGCCUGUGCCCUCCACCAAGUCAGCCGUCUGUCCGGCGGCGGUCUGUCCAGUCACUCGUCACCUCUGCACAUCCACGAUGUGAAUCAGGCGCGUUACGUCCCCGCUGUCGCUGCAGGGACGUUAAGCCUUCAGCUGUUGUUACUCGUCAGUACGACAUUUUCAUUCCUCGUUAAAAGCAACGCAGCCUACAGCGUCUUGCACUUGAAAGUUGUUUCCUUACACCUCCCUUUAGAGCUUUUUGUGAUUGAUUUCUUUUCAUUAUUAUUAUCACAUCUCCAUGAAUAAGCCACCAGCUUGCAAAGAAGAUUCCUGCUGCGAGAAACUUGCGCUACACUGCAAGAAGGCCGGGCUAUGCCCACUCGAAAGGUAGUUUUUUCAGGAGUAUUUUUUGCUUUGGUUGAGUCUUUCAGAAUAACCAGUUGCUAUGCAAAUAGCGUGUAUUCAGAUUGCUCUGCAGUUUUCUUCUCGCAGAGCUUACUGACAAGUGCACUGGAAUAAGUACGGUACUAUAAUUUUAUACAAACAGCGCAUGUACAAUUUAAAUUUUGUUACUGAAAGCCUUUUUAAUUGGGAAUUGGGCUUGUCUGUCUCUAUCUAGACACCUGACAGGAUGCGAUUAGUCACUUGUAUCACAAAAAAAAAAAAAUAAUCAUUAUAUAGCCAAAAUUAAGUUUAUUUGGUAAAAAGAAAAAAAAAAAAGUGGUAUUAUUCCUCUUAAGAGUGGUUGGUUAAAUAGCACCAAAGUAUCACUUUAAUUUGUGCAGUUAAGUUUUUGGACAGCAAGUUUUUUGGGUUUUUUUAGCCCUCCUUGCUGUUUUUCCCCCUUCUUCCUCCUCUUCUGGGUACGGGAGGGUCUUUCUGACAACAAUCACAAAUCCAGCGACCUAAGAAAAGAAAGUUAUCAAUUAUUGGGAAACUACCUUUGUUACUUACUCAUCCAGUUACGCACCUUUCACCCCUCUAACGGGUGCUCACCUAUUUGCAGUACUUCCUUUAACAUAAACCUCCCGUGUGUUUCUUUACAACGUUCACCUUUUUUAAAAAGUACCCAAAGCAGCCCCUAAAACUGACGCUCCGUUGCGGCCUCGUUGCACGUUAACAGCUGGCUGCGCUCAUCUUUGUGGGCCUCAGGGAGUGCCAGUACCGCUAAGGAGGUGGUUGUUAGGGAAGGACUUGAGUUUGCGAGUUACGUUUUCACGUGGACGGCCGCGGUUUGAGGUCUGGGAGGUUACACGGAGCAGGCUGAAUGGCAGCCGGGGAAUGCUGCUCUUCUGCCACAGGUACGGGGUCCCGUUCCCCACACCCGCGUCGGUUGUUUCGGUGCGGUCAGGCAGCACAGAUUAAACUGCUGGCAGGGGUUCAUCACCGGACCUUGUACUAAAACUGACUCACGGAGGGAACAAUAAAGGGUAGAGCAAAGAGCAUUUAACUGUUUCUAUUACAACAGCCGGAAUCACGAAGGCUGCUUUGGUAAUUUUCUAGUUUUGUAGGCGUAUAAUCUGUUUUGUUUAGAUUCGGUCCUUGGGUCAGCCUGAAACUGCACUGGGCCACAGAACCUGUGCUGAGGCGACAGCUGGGGCCGGCGCUUCCCAAAGCGGGCACGUACGGUCUAUGUGAAGCGCUGCGGUCACAGGGAAUACGGUGACUGCACAACUUGCAGCCACUGAAUUCAUGAACUAACUUACCCUGGCUCUAGUAUUACAUCAAAAGCAUCAGUACUACCAGUUAUUUAUACGCCUGAAACUUUCUGUACGCUGCCUCGAGUUGGCCAGGUGAUACAAGCGGCCGGGUAACAUAAAGGUACAGGUACUUCACUUCCAGCUUUUGAUGUUUAAGAAAAAAAUAGGAAGGAAGGUGUUUAAAAAGGUGUUUACAAAUAUUAAAUUGAGCGUACUUUUUAAUUUAAAAGACUGAAGUAAUAGCACAAACACUUUAUUAAUGAGAAAGCUAUAGUCCAGCAAUAUUCAGCAAUACAGCCUCUUUACAGGUUUCUUUUACAAAAAGAGUAUUAUUCUCAGUAUUCUGUGGAUAUGGAAAAAAAAAAACCCCACCUAGUUCGGAGUGAAUCUGUUCGGAUUCUGUUGCAAAAGCCAAUUGUAUUUCCUAUAAACUGCCAGGUUCUCCUGCGCACAGCCAAAUAUUCAGGAAUAAAUCUUAUUAAAAAUG